GGCUCACCUGUGUGUCUAACCAUGCAGCAUGCACCGUCCACCCACCCGGAGAAGCUCCCGCGCCCCCGCUGGAGCGCCGGCCCUGGGACAUCCCGAUGUGGCACCAGGGGCCACCCCACCGCACCGCGACCAGUGUGUCCUGCAAGACGCAGGCGCAGCCCUGCAGGCACUGACCCAGGCCGGCCCGCAGCUGGGCAGCGCGGACCAGCCUCGUCCGGAUGGAUGUCGCGGGCUCAGCCGGCCGGCCCGCCCACGGGAGGCUCGGGGCACGGUGACGGCACUGCCCAGGCCCGUCCAGCCCGCUCAGGUCUGCCGACAGCACAGCGCAGCCCCGCGCCCAGAAGCCACAGGAAUCCCGGCCUCCCCGCGGCUCCCAGGGCGAGGCCGGACGCCGCUGGACCUUCCCAGACAGAGCCGACAGAGCAGCGGGGCCGCCCAGCCCCGGGCGGGAGACGGCAGGCAGCUCAGGCCGCUCCGCCGCAGCUGGUGCUGCGCAAGGUCCAGCACGCCAGCAAGCAGAUCGCGGCGGAGAAGCAGUACAAGGGCAUCGUGGACUGCAUCGUGCGCAUCCCCAAGGAGCAGGGCGUGCUGUCCUUCUGGCGGGGCAACCUGGCCAACGUGAUCCGCUACUUCCCCACGCAAGCCCUCAACUUCGCCUUCAAGGACAAGUACAAGCAGAUCUUCCUGGGCGGCGUGGACAAGCACACGCAGUUCUGGAGGUACUUCGCGGGAAACCUGGCCUCCGGGGGCGCGGCCGGCGCCACCUCGCUCUGCUUCGUGUACCCGCUGGACUUCGCGCGGACCCGCCUGGCUGCCGACGUGGGCAAGUCAGGCGCGGAGCGCGAGUUCCGGGGCCUGGGUGACUGCCUGGUGAAGAUCACCAAGUCGGACGGCCUCCGCGGGCUCUACCAGGGCUUCAACGUCUCCGUGCAGGGCAUCAUCAUCUACCGCGCCGCCUACUUUGGCAUCUAUGACACCGCCAAGG